AUGGAAGCCAAGAAAGACGAAGUGACUUGGCGGUCCCUGCCGCGAAAGGACCAGCUCGCCAUUUUAUGUUUCCUACGGUUUGCCGAGCCGGUAGUGAGCAUCUCACUGCUCACAUAUUUGUUUUAUCAAUUGCAGUCUUUAGAUGCGACGCUAGACUCGGGAGCGAUCGUCCGACAAGUCGCUUACUUACAAACAAGUUUUAUGCUAUCACAAUGCUUUUCGUCAAUGUUCUUGGGGAAACUGGCCGAUUCUCCCAGAGGCGGUAGAAAGCUUGUUCUAAUGGGGGGAAUAGCUGGAUCAUUUAUUGGAUGUGUUGCUUUUGGAUUCAUCACAGAUUUCAAGCAGGCACUGGCGUUGCGGAUCCUCGAAGGUCUAGUCAACGGAAAUGUGGCGACAGUGAGGACGAUGGUCUCCGAGGUUGUCGUGGAGAAACGGUCAGUCAUUGCUCAGGUUGAUUAG